CUCCCAGGGAAGCUGGUGGGCAGAUUCUACGAUGAAAAUGGGGCACCGACAGAAGCCCUGAGGGAGGUUGAGGCUGCCAUUGAGGAAGCUCUCAAAUUCCAAGCAGAAAGUGAGCAGAAGAAGCAGCAGUUCCCACCCUGCAACUCUGAAUGGAGCUCUGCUAAAGGCACGCGGUUCUGGUGCUCCAGACAGAGUGGGGGAGUGCACAGAGACUGGGCCGGAGUCCCUCGGAAGCUGUACCGCCCUGGCUCGCACGGGAGCCGCUGUGUGUGUGUGAGGAGCUCAGGUCCCCCCUGGGGCCAGCCACACUCCUCCCAGCACAGCGACAGAGGGGACCUGGAUCACCCUCACCUGGAGCAGUACGAGGGCUGCCACCCCCUGGCCCAGCAGUGUGUCCUCUUCAUGGGCUGACUGCAGGUGCUGCAUUCCAGGGCAGUGAGAGUCCUGCAGUGAAACAUCGUGCUUUGGGUGGGCAGCUCCAGCUCCAUCCCUUCCACCUGUCUGUGGAAGGGAGCAGUAACAAUCUAAACAUGUUAUUUGUGAUGCUUUUUAACAUAUGGAGAUGGAGUUGAGAGAAGGAAGAAACACCUCAGCCAGCUUUUAAAAAAUCAAGUAACAGGAUGCUUUCUUUAUUUCUAUGGGAAAUAUUUUUCCCAUUUAUCUGGGAACAAACUGUAAGAUGCACAGCCUGAACUGUAUUUUUGAACAGCUUUCUUGUGCAGUCAGGAAAUGGAUGUUUGUGUGCACAGUGGUGGGACAGUGUGCUGUGGUUUAAGGCAGCAAGCACAGGAACUGCUGCAGCAUCUCUGCCCACACUUGAUGCACAGUCCACAGGUCCUGCUGCAGGGCAGUGCUGAUGCUCCUUCCCAGGCACCUGACUCACUCCAAAGUUUAAAGGUAGCAGGGAGAACCCUGAAUUUCCUCUGCAAUUAAGGUCCAGAGUAUCUAGGAACUUGCGCAGUUUAGUUAGACACAAGCUUUAUCAAAUUCUUGGAGUAGAGAAGGCAAAGGCCAGAGCUGUAUUUCCACAUUCAGUGUUUACAUUAAAUACUGUGCCAAGAUAUUGAAGCCACCUAUGAGGAUUGGUGCUUGAUAUUAACCUCACCCUCCUGUUCAGUGAUUCACCACUUUCAAACUUGUUCUGAUCAGGAAUGAGUAGUUUUAAAUAGCUUUCUUUUUGUUGCCUGGGUGGCAACAGAACCAUCCUACUGUAAUCUGCCUCCUGUUUCCAUUCUGGUAUAAAACUUCCUCCCAUCUGGUCUGUGCCUAUCACACUAUAAACUGAGCUGGAUGUGCCCUUACAAGACCCAGCACUCUUAAAAUCUAUAGUUACUGUAUCACAGCUAGCAGAAUUCGGCACUUUGAACGACUCCCAGAAAUGCAGGGCAGGUUAUUACCAUUUCUGGGUGGGAGGAAGGAAUACCUGCACAGGGUUCAGGCACUACAAACCUCAAGCUGCAGGGAAGCAGUUGCUGGUUUUAAUGGCAUCUGCUGUUAAAAUCAGUUUUGGUGUAGCUGAGCUUUGAGAGAACCACGCAGAUCAAGGUCCAGUGGUGGCACAGGUCCCUGCUGAAUUGUGGUCAGUUCUUCUCCUUAAGGCAGCUGCCACCUAUGUGUAAGCAACUGUAAAGUAUUUAUAAACUGUUUUUUAGCUACCACCACCUCUAAAGAGAGGCCCAAAAUCUAAGUGAUUAGUUAAUUAGCAAGUUUACUCCCUUGCAGUAGGACACGUUACAACACUUCCCACUGACAAAAGCUCAGAGGAUGCUCCAGCUGCCAGGGGUGAAGCCACACAGCAACUUCAGUAUGUACAUGCUUGUUUUAACAGUGGGCACAGUGGGGGUUGUGGUUUUAUUUUUGGGGUUUUUUACCUAUCAUCAUCCUGAAGGGAAGCUCUUCCAGGCAUUGCCCUGCUCUGCCAGCUCGUAGUGCUGGGGGUAGGAUGUGUGGCAGAACUGAACCUCAGCCCCGGGCUUGAGCCAUCUUUGGGGGUGGAGUGAGCAACUCCCUUCACAUGAUGCUGAAGAUCAAGCUUUGUAAAAGGUGCAGGGAAGAGCUACAAAGCAACACUUCACUGCCCCCACAACUUCAGCCUUUGCCACAUUUAAAAAGACACCACCACUUUAAAAAGAAAUUGCAUUUAAAGCAUCUCCCCAAAUAAUUAGUGCCUUUUGAAGAGCUUUUUUUAAGCAAUUUAAAAAGUUGCAGUAAAUUCCAGACUAUUAAAUGCUGUAGGAAGUAGUUUGUGAGGGCAAACCAGUCCCAGUGAAGGUGGACCAGCUUGACCUUCUAAGCAAGUUUCAUCUUGCUGCAACACUCAAUCACUGUGCAGAUGGUGCUGAGGGGAUGGUUUUGAUUGCAAGAGCUACACAAAAAUCAAAUAAACUGCUGCAAAAAGGCAAGGCAGGAAGGGUGUUGGUUAAGUUAAAGUUGGUUGAAAACCAGUUCACAGCUUAUUCCUCAGUUUAGUUUGGUAACACUGUGGGGGGAAGAGUGUCUUGCACUAGGAAUAAGUCAUCUAUUAAAGCAAACAAGGAGACACCCUCACUGACCUGAAGUGCUCCAAGACUGUCAUGCUUGUAACUCCAAUUCAGCAGCUCAGCUGGAUUCUCCUGGGGUGGAAAAGAGUGGAAGAAAACAGUGAUAGCUACAGAGGGCUCAAGUCACCACAGACAGUGCUCUAAUAAAGCUCACCAUUCAUCUGUACUUCAGUUAAGUUUUAUUAAUAAAAGACUAAUGCAUCACAAUCUCACCCAGAAGCCGUGGCUGGGUUUGCUAUUGCACUGAAGUUUUCCUUUUCCUGAAGUGAAGCUGCAGCAGUUCUCUGCUCUCCCAGGGGCCUGAGCUGCCUCCAGUACACAGCUGAGUACACAGAGUGUUAGUAACUCAAACUGAUGAACUCCAUGAAGCACCUCUGGCUCGUGGGGAGCUCGUGUUUGUUUCACAAGACUGAUUAUAGGUAAGUCUAGUAUAAGGCAUUCAAGAUGACUACAUGGUACAAACUAGAACACCAGACCUUGACAGCCAAAAGAACAGUUGUAGCAGUUCCACAGCAUGAAAAUGAAUACCUGGACUAAUUUCAGAACAAAGAAUAAAGUUGUUAUGCCCGACUGGA